AUGAUACGCUCAAGAUGGCCUUGGACGCUUCGGCUCACAAGCUCAGCUCAUCAGACUGUGGCGCGUAAUCAAAAGCGUUGCAAGACCUUCGUGCGGAGAAUCGACAAGAACAACGAGGUCUAUUACACAAUAUCCAACAAGCGGCCACCGAAGUCGCCUGAGUCAAUUCCCAUGCGAGAUGACUUCUUCGAGAUGCCGGAUCUAUUGUUGGACCUUGACGCCGACGGAAGUCGCUUCGUCCGCCAGGCAGACGAGGCUGAUGAGGUGCGACAGGAGAGGAAAUGGGACGUCAACCCGAAGAGACUCGAGGCCCAGCAUCAGUUGAAGCAGCUGCGAGAGCAGAUUGCCGAGUCACGGCGAAAAGCUGAUGAUAUUCUGUCUAAUCCGGCAAACAUCUGGAGACUUAAUUCACAUGAUAUUCUAUCUGCAGCCCUUCGUUGCCCACCAAGAACCGUCGACCAGAUUGAACUGAGUACGGCGACUUUGGAAGCACCCUCUACCCUCGGUAGACUCUCACUGCAGCAAGAUGCUAGGCUUCUUGAGACACUCUGCCGGGAAAAUGGAAUCCCUCCACAUGCCAUGCAGGAUGACCAAGUCCUUCUAGAGUGGAUGUUGUUGCGGUACAAGAGUCUCAAGCGCUCCAUAACAAAUCGAAGCGAGCAGCCGCUAUCACCGUCUCAGUUGGCAGCCGCUCUUCAGAGCCAAACGUCCAUCGCGGGUAUCCGUCGACUUGUGUUUCAUGCUCUGGGUUCUGGAGAGAUAGCCAAGACCUAUUUCUCCAAGACAAUAGGGGCUACCGACCAAUCGAAAGACGCAGUGGACAUCGCGAAGGAAAUACGCAACGCCUGUUUAAAUGUCUUAGACAAGGAUACAGAAAGAGCGGCUGUCCAUCUGGAAGUACUGAGUUUCAUCGGGAACCUGGCUGCAAGACUCUCAUCUUACGGUGCAACUCUUCCCCCUGCUUUGACUGGACUGGCACUUCGACUUUCCGCGGCAGCAGGAAUUACUGGAGCUACAUCUGAAUGGCUGCACAGAGGUUUCGUGAACCGUAUGUGGGAGCGGCAUACUGCGUCAUCAGGCGACAUCGCUGAAACGCUUAGGAUAUUCGCCCAACAUCUAGGAAGCCCAGGGGAAGGCGGCUUAUACGCCGUUCACGAUCGACAAUUGCUAUUACAGCUACUGACGGGCAUUGAUGAGAACCACACUCUCUCGAGUGAUUCUCUGCGCUCGCUUCCCCUAUUAUAUCUCAGUGAACAGAGUCGAGUACCUACAGAUCAGGCCUACGACAUGUACGAAUCGUACAUGACAGUCCUGGGCCAUCUUGGGGCCGUGAGAACCAUCUGGAAAGAAUGGCAUGUGUCUAGGCCGAUUGUAACGAGAUCCCUGAAGCCAAACGAAGGUAUCCAACGACUCACGCAUUUGUACGAAACAUCGCUACUGAGCGCUCUUCGGGUAGCCCCCCCUUUGGAGACACGAUGCCCUCCAGAUAUGGAGUUGGGUGAGUGCAUCGCAGUGGACUAUCACUCAAUUGCCGCACAAGACGCCGAUUCUUGGCUUGUCGAUGGAACAGAUACAGCUACAAUAAGCAAAUCUGUAGCCGUCGGCUCUUCAGGCUUGCCAUCUUUUGAUCUGCCGCUUGACGAAUGGAUUGCGAAACUCAACGAGACCAAUCUUCAGAGGCCCCCCUUGGCUCGGUGA